CUUCAACAACGCUUUGCUGGAAAGGAAGACACAUCGGUUUCCGACGUAACAAAAGAUGAGUUUCACACGUCCACUUGCCAGAUCACUGGUGGCACAACUUCGUGCCCCAAGCUUUGCCGUUCAAAAGGUUUCCCCUGUUGUUCCUUUCAUGAUGGCCUCAAGAGCUUUCAGUACACACCUCCCAUUAUUCCAACAGCAGAAGCCACAGGAUGGAGCUGUUCCAGAUCUCACGCCGCUCAAGCUCGAAGGCGAUCUCUAUGCUGUCGUCAAAGUCCACAACAACCCAUUCCUCGUCACCAAGGGGGAUAAGAUGGUGCUGCCAUUCAACCUGAAGACCGCUGAGGUUGGAGAUGUCCUGAACUUCCACAACGUCACCACCAUUGGCUCCCGUAACUACACCUUCGUCGAUGAGCCGAUAAGCCCAGAGCUAUUCACCAUCAAGGCAACUGUGCUGGAGAAGACCAAGCUGCCAAUGAGAGUGACGGAGAAGACAAAGAGAAGACAGAGAAUCGUGAAACAUGCCAUCUCUAAACCACACAGAACGAUACUAAGAGUCACAGAGCUGAAACUCAACUGAGCCUCCUCCCGCCCCCAUAAUGGCAGAUGUGUAAAUAGCUUACAAAUGUACAUAAAUAGAGAG